CAGGUGGGAGAGAGCAGUGUGUAUUGUAGAUGCAAUGGCAUCAUCAGUGGAGCGGUUGUUGCGGUAGGCAAACUGCAAUGGAUCCAUUGAGGAGAUGAAAUGAGAAGAACAAGAAAGCGUAUGAUUUCAGCUAUCAAACACAACCAUAAGCAGCUUCACAACAGGGCAGAACGUCACUAUGGUCCCUCUACUCCAACUCUUUCUGCUUCUGCCUUUGAUUCAGCCAAUCACAAAUCAUGUUCAUGGAAACACUCUUUCUCCUCCAACUGUUACCUCAAAAUCAGUUUCAUAUAAAUUAAAGAGUUGGACAGAUUCGCCUGUAAAAAAGAAAUAUCAUGGAUUUGCUGGGAAUGCUGCGUUUGAAAUUUUCAGACCAUUUCUUGGUAUUGGAAAUACCAAACACCUUCUCUAUGGGAAAAGUUUCAUUAAACAAAGUGGAAGUCCAAAUGAGUCAAGAGUUCAGUUGUUAGUAUCACCCAAAAACAGAGUCCAAAGACAACCCAACCACACUGACAUGCUACCAAAAGAUGCUGCAAAUAAUGCAGACCCCAAAAGUAAUUCAACUGAAUGGCUAAUCGCCAAUCAAAGUGCUGACAUUUCAAUCUUUCAAGGAAGCGAGUCAAUGAAAGACAACCCAGUUACUGAAUUCAAAGAGACUGAUUUGUCAACAGUUGGGUCAGGUGACGUUUUGAUAGCUGCAGAAGUUGGUUUCAUAGGGUCAUCGACAGAAACUGUAAGAUCAACUGGUAAAGAGAAUGCCCAGUAUGGACCACAAGUUCUGAAUGCUUACAGUGUGCUUGCUAGUGUGAUCACAGCACAUACAGAGCCAACAGUUAACCCUUCACGUCAGAUCAGACCGCUUUUAACUGCACCAGCAAAUGAAAAAACUGCAUCCAGAUCUGACUUUCAGGGCACUUCCAAUAGAACUAGCCAUUGGGAUGCAAAUGGGACUCGAUUGGAAAUAGGUAGAUUUGGAACAACUACUCCAACUCCAACUGCAACCCAGUCAGAAAUUCAGUUCUCCACUUUACUAUCGUACAGCGAAACCACCACUGCUAGCACAAGCACAGUCAAUCUUCAACUAAAGACACCAUUACCAGGGGUGCACACCAUUAUUUACAACAAUUCACAACCAAUUAGCACAACACAGUCAACUUCAACAACAAUACCCAUCGACCUGUCAACGGGGACAGGAACUACAGGAACAGUGACAAGUGCAACCAAUAGGACAAGAGAAACUACAACCUUAACUGCAAAGCUGUCAGGAAAAAUGGAUCAACAAAACAUUAACGGUACAAACACAUUUCUGAGGACUACAUCUUCUCGCCCGAUUGGACGUGGCCGCUUCAUAUUCUCUGAAAACUAUGCAAAAUACACAGAGAUGGACCCAUCAGUCUCGCAGAGAGUAGUCCUACCUGUGAAGUCAAGCACUGCCUCCCCAACGCCUGCCCUACCCAAGGCCCCCUGUUCUACUGGUGCAGACCCCUGUGUUUUUUCGAAAGAUCUCAAUGAUCCUAAUACAUUUGGUGCCACAAAUGGGAGUGUUUUAGUGUGGGCGGACCUGCGUCGCACACUGUCAUUUGCAUGGGAGCUGCAUGUAUUUGGUUCUGCUGCCCUCUUCAUUCUUUUGUGUGCCGGCGCUGUCUUUGGCUUAGCAUUAGUUCCCAGCAUGCACUGCCCUCACCAUGGUGAACUGGUGCUUGCCAACAGCCUCUUGCUAGUUGCAGGUACAGUUAGGGCUGGACACUUCUUGAUCGACCCUUAUGGGACACGACUCCUUCUACCACCUCCUGUCAUAAUAGCUUUAUACACGCUCCCCUUGCCGCUGUUUAUUUUGGCACAGGCUGCAUUGGUUAUACUUGCACUAAAUGAAACAGGAGCAACUUUGCUACCUCCAGCACUUCAGAGCCCCCCUUUGUUGGGAGUGUUGGCUGUUUUACAAUGCACUCUGCUACUUGCUGCUGACUUACUUUCACCUGCGCUCUCGCCAGCUGUUCCCAUCGUCCUACAGAGCCUCACACUGACUGCAGGCCUGGCACUGUGUUUAGGGUACCUCUUCCUGGCUUUGCCAUGCCUCUCACAAACACAUGCACCUCGGGCUGGAAAUAAGGUCCUGGGUGAAGGGAGGGUGCGAGUUUUGGUAUGGGUAGUGGCAGUUUGUGCUCUUCUUGGGGCAGUGUGCUGUCUGUUGCACAUAUACUCCUGCCUGUGGUUAUAUGGGCUUCUAGGAGACUGGAGGCGCUUUUGUUGGAUAUGGUGGCUCUGCCAGUUUUGGGCAAGAUUGUUGGAGCUUGCUUGGGCUUUCUGCCUGCUUUUGGUGUCCUCCUGGGUCUUCUGGAAACCCAGUGGAGGCCAAAUAUGUGGAGCACCAAGACAGGAAGAAGCUGCCUCAGAAAACCAGCCCUCAUCCUCGCACCCAUCAAACUCUACUGGCAGACAUACCUGCUGGGCAAAGAUUGUGCAGAGUCUGAAGGUCAGGCAACAAACGAAAUCUGAUAGCAAUGGGAAUGGAGAGUUGUCCAAUAACUGGGCAGGACAGGAGCGAUCAGGGGCAGAUAUUAGCAACAGCAUGAUACGAAAUCAUGGCUUAAUCAAAGACAGCAAUCUAAAGAUCUUUGCAGGGGGUUCAGCAGGGUUAAGGCUGCAGGCACUUGUGCUGCCACCUCAGCGAUCUGAAAGUAGUAGCUUGGACAGGGACAAGGAGUCAGCCAUCUCGCUCUAUGACUUUGACCUGCGCCCUCCAACCCCUAUUGACCUGAGCCGCAGUAUUGAUGAGGCGCUUCAUCGUGAGCAUCUGUUAAGGGGCGGAAGCCUGUUCCAGCCACUGCAACCACUAUCACCUCCUCCAUCUCCAGAUGUGUGGAUGCGACGGAAUAGUGAACCACAGAUCACAAUGUCAUUGAGUAGUGAUGAACACACACUGCUCACAGAGUCCUACGUAGGUCUGGAUCGCUCCAUACCUAGUGCUGUGCCUAGCCGACAGGUCACAGCCCCCCCUACACCCACCCAUCAGGGCUUCCGUUGGGUCUCGGAGGCACCAGUACCCUCCUCAAUGUCCUGCCCUGUCUCACUGCAUCCAUCUCCAAGCACUGGCCAUGCCCUGGUGCCAAGCACGGAAAACACUAGGCCGUUUCUAACCCCUGACCUUGACAGUUCACAAUCGAAUAGCAGAAGUCGGUGCAGUUACCUGAAAGUCAGUCAUCAGGAUGACUUGGCCAGCUACAGUAGUGACAUUAUUGAACUUUGAAGUUGUUUGUUGUGGCACAUAUUCCAUAAAAAUCUGAGUUAAACAGCGACAAGAUGCAACUAACCCCUUAAGUUAAUUGUAAGGAUAUUAUUACUAAGGGUUUCCUUAAUUUAAGGGCUUAGUUGCUACUAGCUGCAGAGCAUAAUUAAAGUGUUUUGGAAUUUUAAGGAAGAGGAACACAUUGUUUAUUGUACUUCCAAUCAUUCCUGAAAUACAGUAUACCUGAAACAGAUCAAAAUAUUACCAUAGCAGUUAUCAUUCAGAAGUAUGGUCAAGAUUUCAACACAGCUGGAUGCUCCCGCACCACUACUUUAUCCAAAACAGUAUAAUUAUUCCUGUCCAGAGCAAUAAUUCAAGCUGUGAGUAUAAAAAAUAAGACAAUGUAAAUUCUAUAUUUUUGUUGUUUGUAAAUAAGGAGAUAUUCUGAUAAUGAAUUGCAUUUACUGUAAAUGACAGUCUUCCCUAUUGUAAGAAUAUUCUGGUCCUGAUGGAAUAAGGACUGAAAGUAGACUUGGAUUUUCCAGAUUUGUGUACAAUACAAUAGGUAAACAUCUUAAAUAAUGUUAUAGUGUGACAUGAAAGGGAAGUGAUUUAUAUAUGUUUUGCCCUAUUUCUCAUUGCUUAGCUGGAAACCAAAAUCUUUUUUUGCCUCCCUUACAAUGUUUAAAAUGGUGGGAUAAGAACAAUUUCAUAAAAAAAAAUAUCUGUAUUAUUGGCUGGCAAGGGGAAAAUACUGUAUACUAUGCAGAGUUGCCAGCAAAGAGGCUGAUAAAUGUUAAAAUUGUGGUCAUGUGACAGUGUAGUGAAUCAUUUAUAGACUGCUGUGACCCAGUAACCAAAACAAAGUUCUUUCCUAAUGUGUCCCAAUGUUUAUUUGGGCUGGCCUUUCAUUGUCGACAGCUGUAAUAUUGUUUGUGUAGCUUUCUUUCUUUCCAAAAAUAAAUAAAUAAAUCAGUGCCAUAGUAGAAAACAUGAUAUCGCUUCAUGUCUCUGUGUACUGUUCUGUUUGCUUUGGAAUAAAACAGAUGGAACAUGUGUUGUCUCUACAAUUUUUCAAUGAAACAUUUUACAAAAGCAUUUACAUUUUAUUACA